AUGUCUCGAACGGUUUCGCUACUACUGGCUGUCAGCGCCCUUGCCAUCAAUGGGGCAUCGCUUCAUCCUAGAGGACUGUUCGGGCACCCCUCACCUCCACCAUGUGGUAUCCCACAUUUCAUCGAUGAUCUCCCAGAAGAUGCACAAGUGAAGCUGAAAGAAAUCUGGAAGGAUUGGAAAGAGGGGGAGAAGUGCUACAAUGAGCAGGGCCUCACACGGGAGCUCAUGGAUUCGCUGCCGAAGGACGUUCGUCGGAAGGUUCACAAGGAUGCUUUCCUGCCACCACCGUUGAAGAAAGCACCACAGGAGGUUCAGGAGCAGUUCCGAGCUAUCCUCAAUGACCCGAAAAUUUCUUUUGAAGAUAAGUCAAAGAAGGUCAAGGAGCUGGCACAGAAGGUCCUCAAAGGCGAUCUUCUCAAGGAGUUCAACGAGUUCCAGAAAAAGAUCGAUGAACAUCGCAAGAGCAUUGAGGAGAAGGCGAGCAAGCUCUCACCCGAAGCCAAGGAAGCAUACGACAAGAUCAGCGAGUUAGAAAAACAGAAGCACACCAUCAUUUCUUCCCUCAGCGAAUCCGCCCAAGAGGAGCUCUUCCAGAUCUAUAAGGAACGUUUUUCAAAGUUCCCUAAACCGCUUUAA